AUGGCCCCUACCAUAAAGACCGUCCUCAUUGCCAUCCUAGCCAUAGCCAUCGGCCUCUACAAAGUCUACCUGCACGAUGCGCUCAUGUUCCUUUUCGGCGUCGGCCGCGUAAUACAGCCCCUCGAAGACUUCCCGCAGUACCGCUGCCACCGCAUCCAGCACCCGCUCCUCGAGAGCUGCGAGGACAUCUGGCUGGACGAGCGCGCCCGCAAGCUGUACGCCGCCUGCUCCGGCGUCGCCGCGCGCACCGCAUGGAACCCCGGCGGGAAUCACUACGACCUCGCGGCGCGGGCCGCCGCCGGCGGAGGGACCGACCACCUCGCGGUGCUGGACAUCGACCAGCCGGGCGCUGACGGGUUGUACGGCGUGCGAGCGGUGCCCUUUCGGGGCCAGAACGGCGAACCCCACGAGCUGGAUCUGCAUGGGUUUGACGUGCGGGCGAUCGACAACGGGCGCAGGCUGCGGUUUUGGUUGAUCAACCACCGGCCGCCGCUGGAUGCAUCUGGCGAGCCGGUUCAGGAUGCGACGAAGACGGGGGCGAAUUCGACCAUCGAAGUCUACGAUUUGGAUGUGAGUCGUCGCGGCCGCGACGGCCACUUGGUGCAUGUCAAGACGAUCGCCAGCGACUCGAUCGUCUCGCCGAACAAUCUGGUCGUGGUCGACGACGACGAAGACCGCGGAGCCUUCCUGUUUACCAAUGACCAUAGCGACAAAGUCGGCGCUUUGCGCGGGCUGGCGCCUAUUCUGGGGGGUGGCAGCAUCGGGUACUGUCGUACGGACACGGGACAGUGUCAUCUUGUGGCUACGGAGAAAUUCAAGGUUCCUAAUGGCAUCACGAGGGAUCCGGUCUCGGGGCUGAUAUAUGUGGCCCAAUCGGUGUCGGGUGCUGUCACCGUCCACCGGCUGACGGACGAUGGGAGGCUCUUGCAGAUUGACCAAGUUCCGUUGUCCAUAGGCCCGGAUAAUUUGUCCGCUGAUUCAGACGGAAACGUCUUUGUUGCCGGGUUUCCGGAUGUUCUUCAGUUACUAAAAGCCUUCGAGGACCCUCAUGGCACGGGUGCGCCGUCGACGGUACUGAUGAUCCGGAAGAAGGAGGUUGGAGGUGAGGAGCAGGCGGCGAAAGUGGAACAUGAGGUUAUCAAGCUCGUGGAGGACGCGGAGGCGAAGGUAUUGCCUACGACAACCACUGCAGUCAAUGACCUUGUCUCCGGGCGGUUAUUCCUCGGUGCGGUUGCGUCUACAUUCAUUGGUGUCUGUGAGAAGCAGUAG